CUCUCUUUUGUCUCUCUUUUCUUCCAUUUAAAUACUCUAUAGGCAGCUUACUACAUACCUUUUUGUUAAAUUAGGGUUUGUUCGAUCACCUCAGCUCAUAAUCUCAGGUUUAAGAUCUAUAUAUAUUUAUCUCCUCAGAUGUCGUCUUUAUCUCUUCCAGAUACAAAGAUUACCUCCAAAAUCCAGUUUGCUGACCACUUGGAAGAUCCUCGAGCUGCAGUGGGGAAAGCUAAAUUGGCCAGCAGACCCAUUGCAAUCACAAGACAGUCUAAUGACUACUUUACCAAUCUUACUAGACACUCAACAGUCAACAUAGAAGCAGAAAGCAUUGGGGGUGAUCCUCUGAUCUUGCUGCCUCGUGUAUCACAGCAGCCUCCCAAAACCAAAUUCAUGACUUCAAGUUUUCCGCCUCGAAACAAAUGGCGGAUUUGGGGUUCAUGUCUCUGGUCAAUUGCUGGUGGGUUCUCAGAUGCUGCACCAGGAGCUUUGUUGCCCACUAUAGAAGCACACUAUUCAAUUUCAUAUUCAGUUGUGUCACUCAUUUGGAUGUCUAAUGCCAUUGGAUUUAUUACCGUAGCCUUGUUGUCGCACAAAAUCCAGCCAUGGUUGGGAAAAGAGAAAUCCAUUCCAUUUGGGUGCAUUUGUCUGGUUAUAAUGUACGCAAUUGUUGCCAGUGGUGGACCAUUCCCACUUGUGGUGGUCGGAUUCUUUUUUGGCGGGAUGGGGAUUGCCGUGGUACUCUCACAAUUGAAUAUUUUCUUGAGCAAAAUGGAAAAAAAUUCCAAGUAUCUUUCGUUUUUCCAUGGCUCAUAUGGUAUCGGAGCGACCAUCUCCCCCUUUUUGGCAACCACAAUGAUCGAGCGCAAUGUUCGCUGGAACUACGUGUAUCUUAUUAUAUUGGGCUUGAUGAUCAUUAAUCUUGUAAAUUUGACUAUGGCAUUCAAGGGGGCUGACGAAGACCUCAAAUACUGGGAUCAUGAUGAUGAGACUGACAGACUUCUCGACUCCGAAGCGAGCGAAAUUGUCUCGGGGUCUCAAACACCUGCCAAGUCGGAAGCAGGUAUAGGGCUUCAGGACUUGGGAACUCAUGUCACCUCAAUAAUAGACAGUUCGCCAAGCAAAAGUCAAAACGAUUCCUCGGACUUGAAGUUGGCUCUCAAAAAUACCAUCACAUGGAAUAUAUCCUUUUUCACGUUGUUUUACCAGGGCUGCGAGGUUGCUUUGGGGGGCUGGAUUGUUACCUACUUGAUCGACUACCGUCUCACCACUACAUCCUUCGGAUAUGUGCUGAGUGGAUUCUGGGGUGGCUUGACGCUUGGCAGAUUGUUCAUGACUCGCCCCUUGCACAAAUUUUUGGGGGUGAAAAGAUCAGUGAAUCUUCUUGUCCUCACCACCAUUUUGAUGUUGAUAUUAACCUGGGUAGUCUCAAGUGACAUUUUGCUGAGUGUUUUUGUGUCUAUUGCGGGAACUUUGAUUGGGCCAAUAUACCCGUUGAUGAUAACAGGGGUGUCCACCAUGCUUCCUCGGAAAAUCCAAGUAAUAAGUUUGACAAUCAUGACCGCGUUUGGGUCGAGUGGUGGUGCCAUCGUGCCCUUUUUGGUGGGCUUGAUUUCGCAAAGCUCAGGAACAUUUGUUGUUUUGCCUAUUUGUAUUGCUGGCUACUCGCUUGUGCUAAUGUUUUGGUUGAUGCUCCCGAAUACUGAUCGAAAGGGUGAGAGGCCUACUAGUGUGUUCGAACGUUUGCUCCACCUGAUUUGGUGAAUUGUCCCCUUCUUCAAGAAAGAGUCUCGGGUGAGCAAAGGAAAGAAGCGUCUGAAGUAUUAUCUUUAUUGAUCUGCUGACUCAAGUAGAGUGUCUGUUUUUCUAUUAACAAG